CACCACCUUAAUCCAUUAAAUUUGAAUUCUAAAAACACAUCUUUGCCCCCUGCGUAGCAGCACACUGACGCUUCCCAUUACCUCCACUAGCUAGCGGUUUAUGUCCGCAUGGCGAUGGAGCAUCGAACUUCAUAUGAAUCCGACCCGCUAAAUGCUUUUGCAGGUCUCUUUCUUCUCCCACGAGAAAUUAGUAACCCAUCUGAAGCUUCAAGGGCAUCUCAACUGAACGAUCUACAGUCAAUUCACCUAGUCAUGAAGUCUGCGGGCCUGAGAAAUGCUGAAAAACUCAUAGAAGAGUCGAAGGCAAUAGUUGAUAAUGGUUCAGAACAGCUUUUGACCGCUUACUAUCCACACUUCAUUUCACAUCUGGGAUUGGAUGAUCAUGUAGAUCGAAAGGGAGAAAAGGAUAAGGCUCUGGAGCUAAGGCCAAACCUUGGCCGAAAAAGAUCUGGAUUUUCUAUGAAGCCUUAUGGAAGUCAGCCUACCGUUAUUACAUUGGGACCCAAAGUGGAUCUUGAUCAAAUUACAGACCCAGAAGAAUAUUUUCUGGCUUUCAAGAAGUUAGAGAAUGCUCAACAAGAGAUAAACAGGCAGCUGGGUGUUGUAGAUAAUCACUCAAAUACGAACAUCCUGCUGACUAAUUCAAGGCAUCCUCAGCAGCCAUUGCAUUCGAGAAGAAAAGCAAAGUUUAAGCACAUUCACCCCAUAGUGAGAUUUGACGAUAUUGAUACAGUUAUUCCCUCAAAGGAUAUACGUGAGCUCGACGAUGUUUGUUCACCAAAAUCCGAUUCCCAGCUAGAAAACAACACUCAUGAUGCUGAACUGCGGGAAUCAGAACUCGCUGGCGUAAUUACUGAAGAGGAAAACAGGCUUAAUUAUGCUAUGGAUAGACUGCUGUCUCAUAAUCUUGAGGAAUUCCAAGGAGAUAGAGUUUUCUCUUUACUGCAGGAGGAGCUGCAACUGAAACCUCUUGACUCCUCUGCCUUGCUCAUUAGCCACCCUACCACUAGUACUGAAAUUAAUAAAAUAAAGAAAAAUUCAGAUGUGAGUCUUCUAGACAAUCAAGCUUACAGAUGUACAGAAACAAAUGCACAUUCUGAUAGUAUAGAUACCGGACAUUGUGAAUCUCCGGAUUGGACGGUGGGAGAUGAUGAGGUUCACACUGAUGAAGGCUAUAUAGCCAUGAGAGGUAUGGAACUUUUUAAUGAAUCUCAUGGGAGCAUGGGGCAACACAAUGAAGGUAAUCAUGUAGAUAUCCAGACUAAUGAUGGAAAAUUGAGCACGCAGUAUAAGGACAGUGAUGGUCAAGUCUGUGGGAGUGACUGCAUUGACAAGGAUGAAUGCACCCAUGUGCAAGAUCUGCCUCUUUCUCAAGUACAAGAAGAAGCUGAUGACACAACCAAUGCUUCCUAUGCAAUUGAAACUAACAAUCAGAGCUUCAUGUACUGCCAGUUGGAUGAACAUGCUAAAGAUUUUCCAUCAGCAUAUUCAUCUGAGCAAAUUCACAGUGCCGAUGAUGCAUACAUAAGUGAGAACUGCACUGGCGUUCAAAACCCAUCUAAUCAAUCAAAGUUUGUUGCUGCCGAAGGCCACAUGAUGGAUAUGCGAAGUGCAGUUACUGAUACUAAUCCCAGACAGCAUAUCAUGAAGCACCGAGCUACGGAACAAACAAGGAAAAACAAUCCUUUCCGAGGACGACGUGAGACAAGAUCCCUUAAAUCCAGGCCAAGUGUUGCAGAUGGCGGUACAAUGUUUGAGGGCGGGGUCCGAAGAAGCAAAAGAAUCAAGAGUAGGCCACUGGACUUUUGGAAAGGAGAAAAGCUACUCUUUGGGCGCGUUAAUGAGAGCGUGAAGCUUAUCGGGGUGAAGUACGAAUCUCCAACAUCGGGAAAUAUGAAAGUGAAGUCAUAUGUUUCUGAUAAGUAUAAAGAGGUUUUAGAGUUGGCAGCCCGUGAUUGAGUGUGACGAAGACACUCGUGUUCGCUUAGCCUUUCUUCCUGGUGGGACUUGACUUCCAGUCAGCGGAGGAUAAUAUGUAUUGGGGGCGCUAUCAUUUAUAAUUUGAGCUUAUAAUUUAUGAUUUAGCAUGUAAAUUACUAGUGGUUUUAUACAUCUAGUGAUUUUUUAUAGGAGAAAUUUAGUAUUCUAAUGCAUUUUUAAUUCACUUGAUAUCUCGUGUCAAUUAUACUUUUUUAUAAGUUUUUUCCUAGCGAUUUUAAG